ACUGCACAACGGUUCCGCCGCACAAGGGCUCCAGGGGGCUUCCGGACUCGGCGAAUCGGGGCGGUUCAUGGUGGAGAGCACGGUGCUGCAGGACGGCGCCAUGGCCCGCAAGAAACUGCACCGGCCCAUCGCCGCCGUGGCCGAGAAGAUCCGCGAAUACCGCGCGCUGAAGAACCGGCCGCGGGACUCGGAGCGCUUCGCCCUGGACUACGAGACCAUGCGGCGGCCCCUGACGCAGAAGCGGCUGCCGGUGUUGGCCUGGGAGGACGUGCGGAACGAGAACCGUCUCCUGGCCCUGCUCUGCCGCCUGCCGCGCCUCGGCGUGGGCCGCACCGUCACCCGCAAGUCCUGGCUGUGGGCGCACGACGAACCCUGCUACUGGGUCAUCACCAAGGUGAAGGCGGACUACACGGCCGAGAAUAUGGAUCAUGGAAGAGCUUGGGGUUACCUGACCUUCAGAGGCAAAACUGAAGAAGAAGUGAGAGAGAUCAACAAAGUCAUGUACCAUGACUGGCGUAUGGUGCCCAAACACGAGGAGGAGGCCUUCAAGAAAUUCACCCCGGUGCAGGAGAAGACCAUUCGGUUCCUGCCAUACCCACCUUUGCUCCGAGCCAUGAUCCUGGCGCAGUGGCAGAAAGAGGGAAAGCAAAUCACAGAGGAGCCGAUGAUUGACCUGGAGAAGGUCAUUGCCUCUCCCCGUCAAUGUGCAAAGAAAAAAGCUACAGGGACACCAGUAUAAAGGCUUGUCCAAUGUCCUGAGCUUCCCACGUGUUCUCAGUGUGUUAGAAGUACAGCAUCUUGCAGAAGACUCCCUUGUCCGCUGCGGUAAGGUGUAUCCAGGUUUCCUGAAUUUCUCCCCAGGCCUGUACAGUCACCUUGUCUGGAAGGAAAGAUACAGAUGCAUUCAGCUUUGUUUUUAUCAUAGUUUUGGUCUCAGUCAGCAGAGGAACGUUCUUGGUUCCCUGUAUAGUUUCUGAAGGCAUAGCUCCUGUCAUCCAGCUGCAAUUCUUUGGAGCACAAUUUCCUUUUCAGCCUGAAAAUUAGUUUUUUUAAGAACAUUGGUUUUUUUAAAUAAUUUGGGUCCUACAUAUAUCAGACAAAAAUGAUUGAGAAUAUUGCAUUAUUUCACAGAACUGUGUAUGAAUGUAUCUACUAAUGAAAAUAAAUGCUUGAAGAAAA